AACAAAAAAAAAAAGAAAGAAUUUGUAAAAAAAAAAAAAAAAAAAACACAUAUUGUAAUUUUAACACUUACACAUAUAGGGUUAUAGACUGGGAUUUGCUAACUUAAGGGGGGAACACAUUAUUCUUCUUUACAGGUUGCCUUGGACGCCUGGACUUUGAAAAAACGGUAUUGUAAAAAAAAAAAAAAAAAAUAUACACUUUGUAAUUUUUACACUUACACAUAUAAGGCUACAAGAUAACAGGUUUGAUAGAUAGUGGGAAACUUAGAGGGAAAACACAUUUUAUGGUUUAAAAAUGGCUUGGUACGGGAAAAGGGAGUGGGACAGGUCAAAGUACAGACAUUACAACCCACUAGCAUUUCCUCCGGCUAUUCCAAUAUGGCUCCAGUUAAUCAUAACCGUUGCCCUCAUUGGUAUAAUGAUAAUAACACUGGCCAUUGUCUCCAACCAAGAGCAACUAACAACGAUAGAAGGAACAGUUGUAAACACUUCGGCAAUCGUACGUCCGACAAACACAACAAUUACAGACCAGCCCGCACAGCUUAAUAGAACCAAACGAUCAACCAUCAGCCAGUCUAACUCAAAAUGCAUCAGGCGCUGGGGAGGUAUAGAAUUAGACUAUCACUGGGGGGAGACGACCGCAUGGACAGUAAACUUAUGCGACUUGGUUACUUGUGGGAAGCAGGGGUCUAAGAGGGAACCGGUGUACUUGUGUUGGUCCCGUGACGAUAAUCUCAAGUGCAACCAUGACACCGACCAAGCAGCUUAUAUGGCCAGACCGUGUAACAAGUGGGAACACGUAAUUAGGUCGACUCAUGUCUAUUGGGAUCCAAGCGAACGCUGGGCUACUCGUGAGCGGGAAAAAUGGAAUAAACUUAACAUACAAAGAGAUAACGAUCCAAUAAAGAAUCUAAUAACCAUCGCAUUAGAGUGGGAAUCCGAUCCUAAUGGGGAAAAAUCUUCGUCAUUUUUCAUAGGGGUCGGGGUGGACGUAACUGGUAACGACCCUGUGGGAUGGAUCAAAGUUAGAGUUACAGAUAAACCGAUCAUUGAAACCAACGACGCCGAAAACACCGCAGUAGACAAUAAUGGGAGGGAUCGACCAAUACUGGGAACGGAUUAUUCUACAUGGACAACCGAACAGAUCGUAAAGCUAAGUACAGGGUUUGAAGGGAGCAAUUUAUGGAUAAAAUGGAUAAAUGCACAAGCCAGAGAAGCUAACAUGGACGGGUGCGUAGCAUGUGCAGCGGCUAGACCCACGUUAUUCUUAGGUCCAGCGCCACUUUUUCCAACAGAAGAUCCGAUAGGAUUUAAGUGCAUGAUCAAGUUAACACGUAUGCCCAACCCCGCUAAUUGUACCGCCCUGUCAAACAUUUUCCCAGUAAUAGCUAACAACACCGGCUCGGGACAAUUUCAGAUUCCUCAUUCAGGUAAUUUUACCUGUUUUAACCACACUGCAGGGGACGAGAUAAAGAACCCAAAACACUUAGGCAACAUAAACCCCAAUUUGUGUAGCACUAUAUUAAAUGGCGAUUCCGGUAAUUCCAUAGGCCCAUGGGCUAGAGCGGGACUGUAUUAUUAUUGCGGAGGAUCAAACUUACUGUUGAGGCUGCCCACACGUAGUCAAGGCCUCUGCGCUAUGGUAAGACUAAUCUCGCCAAUCACUAUGUACGGCGCACACAAACCUACCAAGAACUAUGAUAGACCUAGGAGAUCAGAUGACUAUGAUUUCGACUUGACCAAAAAUACACCUACAUACAUAGACGCAAUAGGCGUACCUCGGGGCGUACCAGACGAGCAUAAAUUAGUGGAUCAGAUAGCCGCCGGGUGGGAAAGCAUCUUAGUUUGGAUCACACCUAACAAGAAUGUCGAUAGAAUUAACUACGUAAAUUACCAAGUAAUGAGACUGGCUAACAUUACCGGAGCAGCAAUAACAGGCUUAUCAGAACAGUUGUCUGCAACGUCGCUAAUGACCAUACAAAACCGUAUUGCCUUAGAUAUGAUACUCGCUAAUCAGGGUGGCGUCUGUCAUAUGUUUGGAGAUGUAUGUUGUACCGUAAUCCCUAAUAACACGGCACCAGACGGAAAAGUGACUAAAGCGCUAAUUGCCCUAAAAGCACUGUCUAAAGAAAUGGCCGAAAACACGGGGGUAGAGAAUCCGAUCACUCAAUGGCUGGAGAAAACCUUUGGAAAAUGGAAGGGGGUAGUUGUAUCUAUGGCUUCGGCGAUUGCUGUAUUCACUGCUAUUCUAGUUACAUGCGGAUGUUGCUGUGUCCCAUGUAUUAGAUCCCUGAUAGAAAGAACGAUAACACGAAUGAUGGAGGGCAAAGACGAUAAACCGCCAUAUAUGUUACCUAUACUGGAAUGUGAGGAAGAGCAAGAGGAACUGCUGUAAACCAAUUAGUCUUGGGGAUGACUUUAAGGUUAUGAUGUCACUUCCUCCUUUGAUAGAGUUCAUCUCAUUAGCCGCCUGGGUGGCAGAGGGGCUGUGAGAGAAUUUUUCCUGUCAAAAUAGGUUGGAAGGCUGCCGCGACAGGUUUUCGCUCUCACAUUUUAGUAAAAUGUUCAUACACAUGUUUUCAAGUGUUGAACAUAUGUAAAUACAUGAUUUGGAGGAAUUACGGUUUGUCGACGUAUCUGUUUGAUACGUCGAAAGGGGGAAUUGUGGGAAAUCUUACGAAGAAACCUUGUUUUACCUUGAAUAUAUUGACAAGUAUCUCACAAUCAUGAUUACUUAUCUUGUAUCUAAAAUUACAUAAUCAUCUGUGAAACCCUGUAUUUUGUAUGCAUUAACCAAUACUUACACCACAUUUGAUCACUUUAUUAUUACACACAUUUAUAUUAACACCAUAUUGACCAUUUUAUUACUACACACAUUUUAGAUAGAAAACUAACCAUUAACCACCAUAUUCUUCACGUAUAUAGUGAAGCAUUGUUUUUAACAAGCAUGUGACUAAACACAGGCCUUAGGCUGACAAACUAACCCACAUGAUACAUAAACGUAUAGACCUAAUUGUAUAGCGGACAAUCACGCGCCACUGACACCUCACUGAAACCCAUUGUGUGAUUGCAUGUUUUUCUCACUAACAGCUACAAAAUCAGCAGAUAGUGCAUUUUGCAUGACCUCGCUUAAUACAGAGACUUUUGGACAAACAAUACAGUCUUUCUCUCUCUGUGCGCGUGAAGACCUUCACCUGUCAAAUUGAGGAGGGCAUGCGCACGGGGAGUGCAACACUGUCUAAUUACUGAACAAAGCCGUGCUGUCUGGCUACUCAUUCUCAAGGCCAUACACUAGCGAAUCUUGAGCUCUAACACGUAACGCCAUGCAUGCUGACAUAAGAUGAUUUUUAGCAACGCCUCAUCGGCAGAUAUCGCGUCAUUUUUGGUAUAUACAUGGAGUCAGAUCAUUAGAGGUUCAGAACGUAUGCUGAACGGUCGUAACCGUGUUUGUAUGUUCUCCUGAAUUCAGUAAUAAAUACUUGUUUUGCUUUCAACUUCA